AUGGACGGCCGUGAUAGAGACAUCAUGACGUUGCCUACACCCUCCCCUAGACGCGUCGCACCUAAAGAAAACUCGACUGGAAAGUCAAUGGAGCAUGGCAAAGUUGAACAAGGUGCCUCAACUCCUACUACUUCUGACGAAGACGCCGACCUGUCUCGCCUAGGGCUCCAGUCGCUGGCGAAACGAGACAUUGGGCCUUUGGCUAUCGUUGGAUUAGGAUGGAACAUCUGCAACAGCUGGUCCGCAAUUGCAGCCACGCUAGUGAUUUCAAUCAGCUCUGGAGGGCCCGUCACCCUGCUCUAUGGCAUCGUCCUCAUUUUCGUGUUAGGAGGCGCAUGUGCGUUGAGCAUGGCUGAGAUCGCAUCCGUCUAUCCUACCGCCGGGGGACAAUACCACUGGACCAGCAUCCUAGCACCCAAACGGUACAGCCGUGGACUUAGCUAUUGUUGCGGCAGUAUCAACUUCCUAGGUUGGAUUGCCAAUGGAGCGGGCUUCAUCAUUCAAAUGCCAGUCAUAAUUCUUUCGCUCGCAUCGUACCUCGAUCCUACGUAUAUCCCAGAAACAUGGCAUAUCUUUCUAGUCUUCCAGGCAUUCAACAUCGCGUUUACAGUGUACAACAUUUUCCUGAUGAAACGGACAGCUUGGGUCCACGAUAUUGGCUUUUUUCUUUCUUUGACAGGCUUCUUCGUGAUAACGGUCACAUGCUUGGCGCGCUCGGGACGGAAACAGAAAGAUUCCUUUGUGUGGACCACGUUCGUUAAUGAGAGUGGUUGGUCGUCAAAGGGAAUAGUCUUUCUGACUGGUCUACUCAACCCUAACUUCAUCUACUCCGGCCUCGAUGGCGCCAUACACUUGGCCGAGGAAUGCACCAAUGCUUCAUCUGCGAUACCUAAAGCACUUGUAUCGACGAUAACUAUCGGGUUUGUUUCGGCUUUUACGUUCAGCGUAGCUAUGCUGUACUGCUUCACAGAUCUUGAGCCUGUGCUCUCAUCACCGCCCGAAUCAGUAACACCUAGCUUCAAGUCACGCGGGGCGGCUGCCUAUUCUCGAGAUUUGGUCGCAGGCAACUGGAUCCAGCGCAGCAGGAACAACGUUCGUGAUUGUACUCUCUUCUUGCGGAUGCUUCGCUUGUACGGGACACUACAGACGGCCAGUCGACUCACUUGGGCAUUCGCUCGUGACAAUGCCAUUGUAUUCUCCCCAUUCCUUUGCAAGAUCCACCCUAAAAUGGGCGUGCCAGUCAACGCACUUCUCGUCAACUGGGCACUCAUCUUCGCUCUCGGUUGCUUAUUUCUAGCGUCUUCGACGGCUUUCAAUGCUCUUGUCGCUACCGGCCUAAUUCUACAGCAAGUGAGCUUUGCCUUUCCAGCCGCCCUAGCUCUAUAUCAACGGUCACAAGGAGAGGCGGCUUUCCGUCGAUUACUGCCGCGGCGAAAGUUUAACAUGCCGCCCCUCAUUGGUGCCGCUGCCAACAUUUUGACGAUUGUCUUGGGACUGUUGGCGCUGGUGUUCUAUGACUUUCCCGUUGUUAUGCCUGUCUCGGCUUCGAAUAUGAAUUAUGCUUGCGUGGUUCUCGGGGUUAUGGGUCUCUUUUCUGUCGCGAAUUGGUUUGGUUGGCACAGGUUAGCGCAGAGAUUCGUGGCAAAGCCCUUUUGGUUUGUUCGAGAUGCCAAAUUCGGACACUUGCAGUUGCUCUGCACGAACGCUCCCAACAUCACUUCGCAGUCUUCACAUCUUGAUAUUUCUUUCCUUGGCUUCCUGCAGAAGUGUUUCGAUCACAAAAAAAGGGAGCCCAAUUACGCAGUCGAUAAAGCCGAUCUUGCACCAACAGAGAUCAUGUCGCAGGCCGCCAACUUUUCACGCAACCAACUCGUGACCGAUCUAGACCACGUGAAUUCUUCAACUGAAUUCCUGAUUAUGCCGCCCUAUCAAAAAGAGAGAAAGCACCAAUGUGCCAUCUGCAAGGAACGAUUCAGUACCAAAGAAGGUCAGCGACAACAUAGGCGCGCAAAACACUCUGAUGAGAUUUCUGCUCAAUCGACUAGAAUCGCCGGACUUGUACAACCUCUUCCGGUUGUUACCCAGCCAGCCAGAGCCGCCGAGCCUGUCCGCCCACGUCCGUUGGUAGUAUAUCUGCCAACCAGAGCCAAAAAACCUGAGACCCCUGAGCUGCUCGUGACCCAGCCAGUCAGGGCUAUCGAAACUACUACGCCUAUGCACACCAUAUACAGGGGAAACAUGUACUCGCCAGCAGUCGGACGAAACGCUAUUUGGAACCAAAUCUCGGAUCUCUGUCACUCAGAGGAGAGACUCCGAAAGGAAAGAUAUACUCUACCGACCACAAUGGUCAAUGCCACGCACAGCUCGUCCAGCAUGGCGUCGACAGUUGAUCUGCCCUGUCCUGAUAAAAUCCAAUCCAAUCCAAAGUAUGCCGCUCUCGUCAUAGAUUGCGAGAUGGGCGGUACCGAACGAGGCGAAAACGAACUGAUCCAGAUCACUAUUCUCGACUUCCUUACGGGCAAUGUGUUGCUGAGCCGCCGGCUUGUAAAUCCAAGAAGACCCAUCUUAGACUGGCGUGAAGACGUCACUGGUCUCAAUGCGACCAAGAUGUCCGCAGCUCUUUUACGAAAUGAAGCUUUGGACGGCUGGGAGGCCGCGCGCGCAGAACUAUGGCGCUACUCUGACAAGGACACGAUUCUCAUCGGACAGUCAGUCCGCAAUGACCUGCGGGUGCUACACACCUUCCAUGCGAGAAUCAUUGAUUCCGCCAUCAUCACUGCAGAUGCCGUCCUCGGGUCGAAAUCGAAGAUUACGAAGAGGUGGGGCUUGGAGGCGCUGUGCAAGGAGCUUCUCGGUAUCCAGAUACGUUCUCCGACCUGGGCGGCUGAGGGUGUAGCACACGAUGAUCUGGAGGAUUGUCUGGCGACCAGGGAGUUGGUGAUGUUCUGCGCCCAGAAUCCGGACCAGUUGAAAACUUGGGCUCAAAGAACGAGGAAGUCCUUCUUUUUAGAGAAGGGAAAGGGGAAGAAGAAGAAUGAGGGAAGAAAGCCACAAGCCGGUAAUGCGUCGUCUCCUGUACCCUCCAGGCAAAUCGCUUUUGUGAGAAGUGCGGCGUCUGGGGAAGAAUGGGAGGAUGAAGACGAAGGUCCGUUGAGGUGGGAAGAUGUGGUGGACUGGGAUACGUGGCCGAAGUCGCCGCCAGACUCAGAUUAA